UUUAAAUAUAUUAAACUGAAAUUAAAUAAAAUUUUAACUUAAUUGAACAGAAAUUUAAACCAUCCGCCUCUAAGCUGACUUGUUCCAUACAUACACAAAACAAAGCCAACACAGGGUUGCAUUUGGCUUUGUCGCUGUCAAACACCAACACCAACAAAAGUGUACGCAGGAGAAAGUACUUGAGCCAUUUUGGAAAAUACAAUUCCGCCAUAUUUACCGGCAAAAUUCAAAAUAUUUACAUUGUUGGUAAACAUUUGGCACCACUUAAACACAAUUUGGAAACAAUUGAACAGCAAAGAUAAACAAGAAGAGCAUAAAGCGCAGCAUUACCAGACGAGCUCUGCUGCUGCUGCUGCCGACGCAGCGCGUAGCCCCACGCACCUAUGACAAUACAAAAGUAAUAUAGGAGAAAAAGCCAAAGGCACAAAGCAAACUACCAGACUCAUACAACCUGCAACUAGAUUGUUGCGCCCCCGUACACACACUCAGGUAGUGUUAUACACACACACAAAAAGUAACGCCAAGAACGGCGUCGGACGGUGACUUCAACUUCACAAUGACGAGUCACAACCACGGUGGCAACUUCCAGCCGCGAGCGCCAAUUGUUAAAAAUUUGUCGUUGGCCGCGGCAGCCGUUCCCCUGCCGAUAUCCUCAACGCACAACACAACUUCGCCAUUGUAUUUUACGCACGUUCUGCCACCCACAACGACCGUUGAGGAACAUCCAUAUACCAGCGAGCUGGAUGCGGCAGAUCAUAUGUGUGACAACGAAAAUUUUUUAAUCGAAGAGAUCAUUGAUGAGCGCGAUGAUGACGGCAACAUAGUCGUGGAUCAGGGAGAAUUUUUUAUAUCUGGUGAUGUAUAUGAAUACUGUCCAGUACCCGAUAGUCUCACCUCAGUUGGAGUUGCUACGGCCGAUGCCCUGCCGCCGUCAAUUAUAAUGCAACAGGCCAGUGACGAUGAAGCUGACGAGGAUGAGCUGGAAAAUGACGAUGUAGAAGAGGAGGAAGAAGCUGUGCCUGUAAGCGCAAUAACGCGUGAUGCUAAUGCUUUUGAGAUCGCUUCAAAAAUGCUGACAACCAUCGAAUCGACCACCAUUAAGGAGGAGCAACUGGAGAACGAUUAUUAUAUGAAGUCAGUCGAAGAUUCAAAUAGCUCGAACGCUCAAGACUUUAAACCCUUUGGUCGACCAGAACGCACGAUUACAGCGAAGCGCUGGAAGCAAACAAAAGUGCCCAUACGUAUCACACAGGAUGAGUUCAAUGUAACACUGUGGUCCUCACUGAACUCAGAAGACGAAGACGAGGAAUUCGAACAGGAUCUCGAUCUUGAAGAGCAAGUGGAUCAUAACAUGGGAAAAAAUAACAGUGCAACGACAAUAACACCUGAUGUUAACGAUUCCUCAUCCAUGCAAAAACUCAUCAUAGAUGAACACAUUCUCUCCGAAAAUAUGCAUCACGAUGUACUCAGUGAUGGCAUUGGAAACGAGUAUGUUAUAUUGCCGGAUCCGUUUAGUGCUUCCGCUGUUACAGAUGUGGAGGAGGUGGUCAACGCAUUUAUGGGCGAUGUUAAAGGUGAAGAUGACAGUCAAUCUCUCAGUGAACAGUAUAUCUAUUCGGAUAAUCAGCUGGAAGAAACGUACCGGAACAUUGAGCUAAUUGAGAAUAUGCCCAAUCCAGUUGAGCUGGGCCCACCUUCCACAUCUCUGCCCCAGCUACCUCCCACAAAUACGCCGCGGGUGGCUAAAGUCCUUACGCCAACGACGACGACAUCGCCAUCAGUAGCGGUGCAAGCAACACUUCCAAAACUGGUUCUUCAGAACAGCAGCACGAACGUACGCCUGAAAUCAACGAAUGUAAAAGCUUCAAAACGCACCCCCGUCAUCACUAAUAUCGGAGCAUUUGGAAACAACUCGGCACCCCCUCCGCUGGCGCCCGCCAGCAAUUUAGCGGUUAUACAGCGUGUGUCCAAUUCUCGUCCCGCCACCACAGUCACCAGCAGCAAUGGAAUGCAAAAGUUGCCCUCGAUUUUAUGUCACAACAAAGCAACUAGCAAUGCGGUAAUCACUACGGUAUCAGCAGCGGCAGCUCUGGAGGAGGAAGAUGGCUCCAAGUUCCGUUGUACGCAUCGCGGCUGCAACAAGGAGUUCCGCAAUCACUCAGCCAUGCGUAAGCAUAUGCACACGCAUGGUCCACGCGGGCAUGUGUGCAAUGUUUGUGGAAAGAGUUUUGUUGAGAGCUCCAAACUGAAGCGCCACCAGCUGGUACACACUGGUGAGAAGCCCUUUGAAUGCACCUUUGAGGGUUGUGGAAAACGGUUCUCGCUAGACUUCAAUCUUCGCACCCAUGUGCGCAUUCACACUGGUGAUCGACCGUAUCAUUGCCCCAUCGAUGGCUGCUCUAAGUGCUUCGCCCAGUCCACCAAUCUCAAGUCCCACAUGCUAACACAUACGAAGACUAAACGAAAGUGGCCGAGGUCAACACAGGUUAAUACCAAGACGCCACUGGUGGCUCGCUAUGGACGCCUUGAAUAUGGUGAAGAUCCUACGUUCGUAUAUGUCGAGUCUAAUGAUGAAUUAACAUCGGUGCUGCUGGAAAGCACAUCCUAACAAGCAGCUGCGCUGGCUGUCUGAUGUGUAUAUAGUUAGUUUGUAACGCAACUCUGCUCCUUGUAAGAUUGGCGAUCGCACUAAUUUUAGAGAACGAACGAAAGUUAGCUUUUAGUUACAUGCAUAUAUAAAUUAGUUUGGUAAUUUUGCUGCAUGGAGUGCAGACACUUGGUGUCUGCCGUCCAUUAAACACUAGCAGUAGGCUCUAUUUUAUUUAAGGAAUGAAAGCGAUGAGGGCAGUGCAAGAUUUAAAAUACCUGCACAUAUACAUACAUAGUUCGUAGCUCGUACUAGGAAAUAAGUGUCUAUGUAGCCCGUGUCCCCUAACUAUACACUCACAAUAUAUAAUAUAUUUUCUGUGCAUGGUAAAUUGCUUUCAGCGAUUUCUGCAGUCACUCGAAUAACAAAAAGACGCACCACUUUUCUAUACAUAUAUAUGUAUAAUUAAAUAAUAUAAAAUGCAUAUGAAC